AUGGCAACUGCUGUGGUGGCACCCCAGCCUGCCCAUGUAAUGCAGCCCUUUACAAGACCAAUCCGUUUUGUGGCGAACGAUGGGCAACCACAUGCAAAGAGGAGAAGAAUAAGUGCUGCAUGCAAGACAUGCCGCAAGAGGAAAACCCGCUGUAGCGGUGAGAAGCCUAUCUGUGAGACCUGUCGUCAAAACGGCCAUUCAUGCCUAGGGUAUUCCGACCCCACCAAUUCGGCGCCAGUAUCAUCAGCACACCAGACUCAGCUUCAACAAAGCCAGGCCCGCUCCGAAUCUACCCCCACCGUAGUAACCACACUCACGGAUAAACCGCUAAAAGAGCCAUUAUUCUCUCCAACCCCUUCUUCACCACAUGAUCGCCCCAGGAAGCCUUCAGUACAGCAGCCCUUGCCGAGCGAGCAACGUGAACUGCGAGGUACGGAAUCGGGAGUAAAGUCACAAAAGCGGAAAUCGACCGGCUACCAUGAUGCUGCCGGUAGAGGUUACGAAUAUGACAUGGAUAGUCGUAGAGCAGAUGGCGGAAGUGGGGGUGAAUUGACGGACGAGGGCCCCAGUCCUGUUUUGAGAUAUCCGUCGCCUCCAUCACAGAGACUUGCACACCGCAUGCCUUAUUUCCGUUAUUUCGGCCCUACGGCUAUUGUGCCAGGCUACAAACAAAUGGUUGUUGAAGUACACGAUAGGAAUAACAUACCUCGACAUUCCAGUCUUUCAAUGAGUGCAAACUCUUCGGUGACAUCGCCAGCAUCAACAUUUGUGAGUCUUGGGAAUCCAAACUCAACACCUACGGUUUCUUCCGGAACAAACAGUGUUCCAAUGGAGGAUAUCCCUUUCUAUGACCCUAGCGACCCUGCCCCAAAUAACCCCUUGAUCGCCCACCUUGUCGAAACAUUUUUUUCGCAUUUGGGGUGUAAUUUCCCAUUCUUAAGGAGAGAGGUUUUCACUAAAGAUGUUGAGGAGAAACGGGUUGAGGGAAUAUUGGUUGAUGCAGUUUGUGCCGUUGCUGCCAGGUUUUCGAGUAACUCGUUGCUACAGUCACUGGUUCGGAAUGGAGAAAGGGUACCGCCUAGCGAGUAUGGUACCGCAUUUGCUAUUCGUGCAAAGAGUCAUGUUGUUGACACCUUUGCUUGCCCAAACCUUGCUACUGUACAGGCUUGCAUACUACUAGCGUAUGUGGAGUUUGGGAGCAACAGGGAUAGUGGACUUUGGAUGUUUUUAGGAAUUGCGAUUAGAAUGGCGCAGGAUUUAGGGUUACAAAAGCUGGAAGGUACUAGAGGCGGUGCGGAAGGGGGAAGUGAAGCUAGGCGUUCGAUGGGGUGUUACGAUGAUGGGGUAGCUGAGGGCCGCGAAGAGUACGUGGACAACGAGAAUGUAAGGGAGGCUAAAGCUAGGGAGAGAGAGCGGACGGAUACGUUUUGGGCUGUUUUCUUUCUUGACAGAGUUAUUUCAUCGGGCACAGGGAGACCUGUAACGAUACGCGACAAGGAGAUUGAGAUAGACUUUCCGCCCAUCGAAGAGGUUGACCCCGAGCAUGGAUAUCCACCGCCUUUCCCUGCUCUCAUCAGGAUAAUUCAACUAUACGGAAGAAUAACGGACUUAUUGAACAGUAUAAAAGACGUCCAUACUGUCACGCCGGAUACCUUGAACAGCCUUUCGGGCAUGGAGGCAGAUUUAACGAAGAUCUAUCAAAGGCUAUCCCCAAACCUUCAUUUUGGUGUUGCUAAUUUUCAACACUACGCUAGCACCAAUCAGGGGGCAGUGUUUUUACUCCUUCAUUUUUGGUUUCAUACUUUAAUUGUAUUAUUGCAUCGUCCGACGCUUCUCAUUGCCUUCGGGGGAAGUAUACAGCAGCUGUUCUCCAAUAGUCGCGAGUUAUCAAUGUCAUCCGCCAAGACAAUUGCCGACAUUUUGGCAUUUGCGGAGUUGCUGGAUUGCAAGGCAGUAAAUGGCAACCCGUUUACUAGCCAGCCAAUCUACAUCGCGGCGUGCGCAUUCUUGCAGGAAAGCGCUGCGCAUUCUUCUUCAAAUCCGACAUCGAGAUCAUCGUCACCGCCUCCUUCGGGAUCCUUGCCGGGAAUGAUUCCAGGUUUUGGGUCAAAGAUAAUGGAGGAGGGGACCCUGGUCCAGAAAAUAUCGACGAAGCACGCUUUGCUCGCCCAGGCAGCUCAUCAGAAUUACCAGAAAUGCUAUAAAGCGUUGAAAGCGAUGGAGACCUAUUGGGAGGGGGUAAAGUACAUUUUGACAGUCAUGGAUCAAAAGGCAAAGGGGAUUGUCGAUCCGCUGCUUUACACAGUUGAGGAAAUGGAAAGUGUCGAAGUCCAUAGGUGGGGAGCUGGGGUGUGGAACCGUUUCCGAGGCAAUUUAGUCCCGGGUGUGGAACAAGCGAAUGGAGCGGUCCAUGAGGACAUAAUCAAACUGGAGGGAGGAUUGUCGCAAUCUGGUCUCAUGCCUCCAGGGGGUCAAUUGGGUCUUGGGGUUAACCGGAUACCAGAGCAUGUGUCAUCGCCGCAUAUGAAUGGGAUUCAUGGGAACCCUAGUCAAGCCAUUGGGUGGUCCCUGACUGGGACUACAAACUCUCCAAAUUCAAACUUGACCUUUAUGUUUCCUGCUAGCGGUGAGGCUGGUGUUUACACUAUACAACACCAACAGUACAACGGGAACGCCUCUUCACCACACGCCAACCAUCACGGCGGGAUACAGCAAGCACAAGAUCCACGAAACGGACUCAUGACGUCUGGAAUACACCCGCCACUUCCACAUGGAUUUGUUGGUGCGACACCGACUUCAACAACAUCUCUAGCUGCGUCCCCCCAAUCCAAGUACUCUGUGGGCGCAUCGGCUCCAGCCGCAAGCGAUGCCGAAAUGCUUCUGGGGCUCAGCGUGGAUCAACAAAGGCAACAACAAAAGGCUGCUGGUGUUCAUCACAGCCCCAUGGAUGGGCUUAUUAUGGGAGGAGACAUUUAUAACAACGAGGAAACCGGAAGUGCUAUGGGAGCAUUCAACGCGUAUAAUAUCAUGAUUGAAAGUGAAGAUAUCAACAUGAACAGUAUGGGGGCCAAUCAACUGCUUCCAUUAUUGGAGUUCGUGCCCUAUGAUUCCUAUCAGUAUGGUGCAGAGGCUGGGGAGGGUAUAGUUAAUCACCACCACCAUCAGCACCGUUGAACCUGGGAGACUACGCGGUGGGUGUAGAAUUGUUUAUUUCCUUUUGCCACUUUUUUUCUCUUUUUAUUACGAUUCCAGCGAUAUUCCCUUAGUUUCGGGUCGGGUAUGAUUUUUGUAAUGGGUUUCAUGGUUUCUCAUCCUGCUAGUGUCACGGCGACGGUUCCCGGGCAUUAGCACUUUGUAUGAUCGCCAUUUUUUUCCUUUUCUUUAUCAUGGCGACCUCUUUCCCUUCCUUUCUAGGCUCUCUUUUUUACUAUCGUAUCUUGUGGAAGAGCGCCGACAAAUGGAUUUUCAUUUACAUGGGUGUUACUAGUGUCGUUUUGUUGUAUCAAACAAAAAUAAGGCAGGCAAACAUGGUGUUGUUGUUUGGAGUUGGAGUUUUUCUUGUUGAUUUAUCUAUUUCUUUGAAGAGACUUGCACUCUACAGUUCCUGGACGAGCACAUGAAGUGAAAAUGUUCUGAAAAGAAAAUUAAUGGGUUGACGAGGGAGGGUAAAAUAGUUUGUACGAGGAUGCAAUUAUUUUAUCUUUUAUUUUUGGAUUGCGCGAUUGGUUGAUUCCACUUUAUUUCGGUAUUAAAUUUUGAUUUUUUUUAUUCGGGAUGUGGAGGGCGCAUAGACUUUGCUUUCAAUAAACCUUCCGAUAUCAUACCAUGCCAUAUAA